AUGAGAGUAGAUGACUCAAGGCCUACUAAUCUCUACUACUACAAACAGUAUCACACAAAGGACUGCAGUUCUUGGAAGCUGCAGCCUGUCAAGCUUGGUGAUAUGGAGAAGAAAGUUGAAGAAUUUAGCAUUUCCGUCUACAUCGAGGUAACUUGGGAGCCGGAUUUUGAGGAUAUUGUGGGAUCGGUGAUGUUGAGGUGGGCGAGUGUGAGAGUGGAAUUCAACUUGGUGGAUGAUGACGGAACAAAUACGAAGAAGGCACGAAGAGGGAUCUCGAGGAUCUUUCUGGCGUAUCGAUGGUUCCUUGUACAAGAGGAAAUCAUUAUCAAAUUGCGCAAGUCCUCAAAGCAGAUUCUACAGGUUCUUUGUGCUAUGCCAUUGUUCCAGUGCACCAGUCGAUUUUGGAAUCCAAAAGCAUAUAUCACUGAACCCAUGAUCAAUUUCUACGCACAAUCUCAACUUCGAUGUCAACGGAAGAAAGGAUGUGCUACGAAGGCAUGA